AGGGUUUUGGCCGUGGAGAAUUUAUAAAAUCACAGUUCCAGUUUUCCUUAGUCCCUUUGCUCACCGUGCGCCUUCUCUUCCGUGUACCCCCGCUAUCCUCCGCAAUGUCAGGCCGCGACAGGCAACAAGAGAGGGACCACGACAGAGAACGCAGACGCGACAGAGAUAUUCGCGACAGCGACCUAGAGCGAGACAGAGACAGGAAACGGACGCGCAGCAAGAGAUCUCGCACUCCGGAGCGCAUCCGAUCUCGUCACACGCGCUCUUCUACACGUUCCCCUGACCGUGAGCGGUACCGUUCACGCUCCCGUUCUCGUACGCGCUCUCCGGAACGCUCCUCCCACCGUCAUCCCCGGCACCAGCACCGAACACCAUCAGCUGAGCCCCCUAGGAAACGUCACCGCCACCAAAGCGAGGAAAGGGAGAAAGAUAGGCAAAAGGCAGUGUCGGAUUUUGUGGAUGAGAUUGCUAAAGAGCAACAGCAAAAGAAAGGGAACCUUAAUAAUGAGAAUGGGGAUGCACGAGAGGAGGAUGAGAUGGAGAUGAUGAAGAAGUUUGGGAUUCCUGUUGGUUUUGAUUCCACCAAAGGGAAACAUGUACCUGGAGCUGAUGUCAGUGGAGUUAGGGCUGUGACUAAGCGGCAGCCCAGGCAGUAUAUGAAUCGAAGAGGCGGGUUUAAUCGACCCUUGCCUGCUGAGCGCAACCGCUAGAAUUGAUUAAUGGAUGAAAGCAUUCUCAAGGUACUCAUGCUGGACAUAUAUCUCUGAUGUCUCAAAAUGGAUGAGACCUUGACCCAGCAAAUUGUGGAAAAACUUUAGAAAUUUCAGAUGCACAUGUAUUGGACGCAUAUCCAUAUUCAACUCACUCUUGCGUCUUAGCAAAACGGCUCAUGAAUGCUUUUUCAGUCUGAGCUAGCAGCCAAGCUCCUAGACAAAUAUCAUCUUGAAUGUGUUUCUUUUUGUAAACUUAUCAUCUUGAAUACUCUAUAACUUUGAGUAA